AUGGAGAUUCCCGAGAGGGCCCAGUGCCACUUCUCAAAGGGCCUCCUGCUCUCAGCCUCAUUCCUGGCCCUCUGGAUCCCCCAAAGCUCCUGGGCUGCCCUCCACAUCCAGAAGAUUCCAGAGCAUCCUCAAAAGGACCAGAACCUUCUCCUGUCCGUCCAGGGCAUCCCAGGCAACUUUCAGGACUUCAAUUGGUACCUGGGGAAGGAGGCCAAUGGUGGCACGAUGUUAUUCACCUACUUCCCUGACCUCCAGCGGCCCCAGAGGGAUGGCAGCGCCAUGGGGCAACGUGACAUCGUUGGCUUCCCCAGUGGGUCCAUGCUGCUGUGUCGCAUCCAGCCCACAGACAGCGGCACCUACCAGGUAGCUGUCACCAUCAAUCCUGACUGGACCAUGAGGGCCAAGACCGAGGUCCAGGUGGACGAAAAGCUUAAGGAGCUGCCCAUUACACACCUGCCCCUGAGUGCUGGGAUCAUGGCUGCCAUCAUAAUUGGGUUCCUUGUUGCUGGGUCCCUCUUCAUUGGGUGCAUUGCCCAUCUCCUGUUAACAAGAGACUGGAGGGGCCAGAGCCACAGAGUGCCCACUCCAGGAGGCCAGGGCUCUUUGUCUGUCUUGUUCCCAGCUGUGUCCCCAGUGCCUUCAACAGGAUCCAGCCCAUGGUUGACACCCACAGAGAAGCCAGAGGUGCACCCCAAUCACAAUGCCAGUGACCAGAACAUCUAUGAAGUGAUGUCAUCUCCGACCCUCCUGGUGUCUCCCCCCGGUGACAUGAGGUCCAUGAACACCUCCAUGGUGAGUCCCACCCCCUUCCCCAAACAGCAGCCAGAGCCGGAGAACCACCCCAACCAGGACCUGCUGAACCCUGACCCUGCCCCUUACUGCCAACUCUUGCCAACCCCCUGA